AUGAUUGGCGUGGGGGCUGGCAAAUCGGGCGAGGCCGCUCCUCCCAUUGGUUGGCGGACGAACGGUCCUGUGGCCCGGCCUCGGCGCCUUCGCUCUCCUCCGCCCCGGCCUCGGCUCUCGGCGCUCAGCUCCGAGCCCGCCCGCGAGGACCCCGCAGCCCCGCAGAGUCCCGGACGCGUGCCUGCCGGCGCGGGCGUGGCCCCGGCGCUGUGCUUGCACCGCGUGGCGCCUUGGUCCCGCUGGGUGCCAGAGACGCCGCCGCACCGAGCCGCUAGCGGAAGGCAGCCGGUCGUCGGGACGCGUCCUGCCGGACUGCCCGCAGCUUUCCGAUUUGCCCGGUUGGUUAUUGGGCGGCUGUGUGAAGUUCGCGCCGCCAGGCCGCCGGCCUGGAGGAGGCCCCGGCUGCAGGCCCUGGUGUCGCGGGUUCCCUGCUCCUUCCUGGCCACCUCAAGUGCCCGGCGGCCUCCGCCUCCGCCUCCGCCUGCGCGCCGGCCGGCCGGGCCGGGCCAAGCCGCUAACGGCCUCUCCGUUUCAGAUUUCAGGUUCUCGGACUCCACGUUCGCCUUCACCUACGUCGGCGGCCCGCGAAGUGUAUCCUACUCAGUACACGUAUCUGAAGAUUAUCCAGACAAUACGUACGUGUCAAGCUCAGAAAAUGACGAGGACGUGCUCGUCACCACAGAGCCGAUUCCAGUCAUUUUCCAUAGAAUCGCAACAGAAUUAAGAAAAACAAAUGACAUUAACUGUUGCUUAUCCAUAAAAUCGAAAUUGCAAAAGGAAAACGGGGAGGAGUCAAGACAAAAUAGUGCAGUGGAGGAAGAUUCGGAAGGGGAUAAUGAUUCCGAAGAGUUCUAUUAUGGAGGACAGGUCAGCUACGACGGUGAGCUGCACAAGCACCCUCAGCUGGAAGCAGAUUUGUCUGCAGUGAGAGAGAUUUAUGGGCCGAACGCAGUUUCUCUCAGGGAAUAUGGAGCCAUUGAUGAUGUCGAUAUUGAUCUGCACAUUGACGUGAGCUUUCUCGACGAGGAGAUUGCUGUGGCUUGGGAGGUCACCCGCACGGAGCCCAUUGUCGUCCGGCUACACUGCUCCCUCACGCAGUACUUGAACGGUCCAGUGCCCACGGUUGAUGUCUUUCAGAUUUCCACCAAAGAGCGCUUUGGACUGGGCCAUCAGCUGAAAAAAAUCAUGCAGACGUUUGUGACACAACAGUGGAAGCAGAGCAAGGAGAAGUCCAGCUGCCUGCACAGUAAGAAGCUGUCGGAAAAGAAAGCCAGGUCCCCCCUGCACCUGCUUUCCACCUUGCGCAGGUCGCCCAGCUAUCCUCCCCCUGGCUGUGGGAAAAGCAAAUCCAAACUGAAGGCGGAGCAGGACGGCGUCUCCAAGGCGCACAAGCUGCUGCGCAGGACUUGCUCCAGCACGGUCAAGGCGGACGACGUGUGCUCCGCCAAGUCGCACAGGACCUUCGGGCGCUCCCUGUCCAGCGACCCCCGAGCCGAGCAGGCCCUGACCACCAUGAAAUCGCACAGGCUCCUGGGCCGCCCCUGCCCUGCUGCUGGGAAGCCAGAGGACUGCGUCACGGUCACCCUGAAGCCGCACAAACUGCUGAGCCGCUCGUGCUCCGGGGACCCACGCUGCGAGCACGGCGCCGGCCCAAAGCCGCACAAGCUGCUCAGCCGCUCCUACUCCAGCAGCCUCCGGGUGGAGGAGCUGUACGGGCUCAAGGGCCAGAAGCUGCUGGGCAAGGCCUGCGCCGGCGCCCCGCGGGCCGCCAAGGCCGAGCUCUUCAAGGAGCCCACCGCCGAGGGCCGCAGGCUCUCUCUCUCCUCAGGACUUAUUGGUAUCUUAACGCCAACAUCAUCUUCAUCUUCCCAGCCUGCUCCUAACGGUGCAAAGUGUAUUCCAAUACGAGACCGCGGCUUCCUAGUGCAGACAAUUGAGUUUGCUGAGCAGCGGAUCCCUGUAUUGAAUGAGUACUGUGUGGUCUGCGAUGAGCCGCACGUGUUUCAGAAUGGCCCCAUGCUUAGGCCCACGGUGUGCGAGCGCGAGCUGUGUGUGUUUGCCUUCCAAACGCUGGGCGUCAUGAACGAAGCCGCUGAUGAAAUAGCGACUGGAGCUCAGGUGGUGGAUCUCCUCGUGUCCAUGUGUAGGUCUGCAUUGGAAUCUCCUAGAAAAGUUGUCAUUUUCGAGCCAUACCCUUCUGUGGUAGAUCCUAAUGACCCUCAGAUGCUGGCCUUUAACCCCAGGAAGAAAAACUAUGAUCGAGUAAUGAAGGCGCUGGACAGCAUCACUUCGAUCCGAGAAAUGACCCAAGCACCAUAUCUGGAAAUCAAGAAGCAGAUGGAUAAGCAGGACCCCCUGGCGCACCCCCUACUGCAAUGGGUCAUCUCGAGUAAUAGGUCACAUAUUGUGAAACUGCCAGUUAACAGGCAGCUGAAGUUCAUGCAUACCCCGCACCAGUUCCUCCUCCUCAGCAGUCCACCAGCCAAAGAAUCCAAUUUCAGAGCUGCUAAAAAACUCUUUGGAAGCACCUUUGCAUUUCACGGCUCACACAUCGAGAACUGGCAUUCCAUCCUGCGGAAUGGGCUGGUGGUCGCCUCUAAUACGCGCCUACAGCUCCACGGUGCCAUGUACGGGAGCGGGAUCUACCUUAGUCCGAUGUCGAGCAUCUCGUUCGGCUACUCAGGGAUGAACAAGAAGCAGAAGGUGUCAGCCAAGGACGAGCCUGCUUCAAGCAGUAAAAGCAGCGGUGCAUCACAGUCACAGAAAAAAGGACCGCAGUCCCAGUUUCUGCAGAGCCGUAACUUAAAGUGCAUAGCCUUAUGUGAAGUGGUCACCUCACCCGACCUGCACAAGCACGGAGAAAUCUGGGUCGUCCCAAACACAGAGCACGUCUGCACGCGGUUCUUCUUUGUCUAUGAAGACGGCCAAGUGGGCGAUGCGAACAUUAACACGCAGGAGGGCGGCGUUCACAAGGAGAUCCUCCGUGUGAUUGGUAACCAGACCGCCACUGGGUAGACGCGGCUCGUCGUGUGGUUGGGAAGCCUUCCUCCUGUGCAGAGCUGGAUUUUGAAGUGAAGAAGAUAGCAAGAUAACUUAUUGUUAUUGCAUAAAAAAAAAUGAACCCUUUGAAUACUGAUUUUUUUUUUCUGUAGCAUUUCUAAGUAUCUCAUUAAAUACCUACAAUGGUACAAAAUUUAUCAGUUGUAGGGUUAUGGAAUCUAGUAAUAAAAUUAAAACAGCACUUAAACUGAAGUUUGGGUUGCAUAUACAAUAAACAGAUUGAAAAAACAGUUUUGUGCUGAUAUUUUUAUAUUAAAUUCUUUAAUUGGACAUUUGAUACUAUAAACUGACAUUGUAGGUUACCAAAAGAGAGCUGAUAGCGUUCUCCCUUGCACCUGCGUCUGUCAGAGGCCUUGCAGUCCGUGUGCGGCUCGUACUGUCUGGUGCCGCACCAGCAGUGCUCGAUGGCACGUGCUUGGGGGACGUUGCCUGUCCUGUUUCUGGUUACGAAAAGAAGUGAGUCCUAGAGGCAGUGCUGUGUGAAAAAGUGGGUGACACACAUGCACGUAGCCCCGCACACCGAGCUGGCCGUGCAGCUGCAGGUGUGUGCUCCCACACGCGCGUUCUGGCAAGAGAGAUGGGCUGUGUGCAGCUCCUGUCCUUGCUCAGCGGCGAGAACAUGAGCUGGGAUACAAGCUGAACAGAUCAGUAUUCGUUCACAAAAACUAUUUGCAGAUAAUUGUUCUAUUUGCUUAAAGAAAUGUCCCAUUGGUUACAGUUUAACUUAUUUAAAGUUUACUUGUAAGUCAUAAUUUGGGGACUGUUGGGCCAGGGAUUUAGCUCAGUGGGCAGCAGCUGCCUGGCAAGCUCGAGGUCAUGAGUUUGAUUCCUGGUUCCAAGAAAAGAAUAAUAAUUUGGGGACUUUCAAGCCCCUGGGGGACUGAAUACAUAUUCAGAUGAUCUUAUGUUUAAAAGAAAGGCCUCAGAAUUGAAAGAUACAGUGUGUACAUUUUAUUUUCUACAGUGGAACAUUUAAAAAUUUAUUUAUACCACACCAGCAUUUUAUAUUUGUUCAUGUAGUACCUCUGCUUAAUUUUUUCAUAUUGAGAAAGAGAACAAGCUUUAAAGUUUCUUUUAUAUUAAAAGAACACAACUAGGCUGAUAGAGCGUGAGAGCACCAGCUCUGGGCUCUCCCUUUCAGGAGUCCGCCUCCUCGAAGUCUUUCUGUUCUCUGCGUCCUAGAGUUAACUCAGGCUGUAGCUGGUAGUGCUGAUUUUCUUAUAUGAUCUCUUUGGAGUUGGGCCAUUCAUGAAAGCAGUUUAAUGCAAGUCUGCCACUCUGUUUAAGCCCUGAAUCAUGCUUCCUAUCUGAUUUUAGUUUAUGUAGGAAAAAAAUAUGAGAGUGUUAUCAUUUGCAAAUGUAAUGUGGUAACACCUGUCUUUAUUUCUUUUGGCAUCAAAGGCGAGGAAAAGGUCACACACAUUGUCAAGGGUUGCAGCUUAGGAAGUACUUAUGUCAUUUGUUUUUCUUCUGCUGGAAAUAAUUGAUAGGCCACUCAUUUCUGCAAAAUGACUGCAAGAGGCUGAGAUAGUAAUCAUUCUGAUACUGUCUACCUAAAGCAUUGGUCUGUUUUGAGUGGCGCCUCUGCUUCCAGGGCCAGUCUGAGGGCUAAUGCUAGAUCGAAGGGCCAGCUUCCUGUUCUGUGACCAGUUGUCUGAAGCCUUGGGGUGAGGUACAGGGCUGGUGUCCUGCAAGGGCUCUCCUGGCCUCCCAACAUUCUAGGCAACAGAAUCUUAAUUCUGUGGAACAUUCCACAUGUGGCAUCCAUGUAGGGCUGUCCUACAGGAUGUAGGAGCCGUGGCUAUAGAGCCCCUCCUGGUGCUGGGCCACGAGGCCCCUUGCCUGGAGCCAAUGAAUGCCACCAGCCUCAGCCACUCUGGCAUCUUUAACAUUGGGUAACCUCCAAAAGAUACAGUAUUAGAAUCUGCACUGGAAGGUAACUUGUAAGGCUCAAGGAAAAUCAUUUAGGAGGAAAGCAAACCAGUACAGUAAAAACAUUUAUUGUUAGCUUUAAUGAUAGACUUCUCUGAGUGUGUUGUCAGUUCAAUACCCAUUACGUGGGGCAGCCCGGUGUAUCUCCUGUGAUGCCUGGUACCAAAUAAGAUGUCUUAUAACAGUCACUAAUUGAGCUAUAAUCAACACAGAAUGUUAGACUUCGUUUCCAAAAUUGUAUUAGAGCCCCUCUGAGCAGUUAUUUUAAGGAGAGCUGACAAAAGUUUUCAUUGAAUUCUUUGAGAUUGGCACGAUUAUCAUAGACUGAUGAAGAUGCUUCUGUUUACCUGAAGAUGAACUACUUUUCCUGUUGUUAGCAAUGAAUAUCAUGCUUCCAAGUCCAAGCAGAUCUGUAGGAUUUGGGCAUUUAAGCACUUGCCCUGCCUGGACUCAGUCAGCCCUUUAAAAUGUCAUGUCUUGAUUAUUUGAUGACUGCAAACAUUUGACAUUGUGUUGUAUUUUAAUAAUCAUUGGAAAUUGGUGCAUUGAUGUUUUGUAAUAGCUCUGUGCAUUGUAUAGCCAUUGCUGAGAUAACCAGCAAGCAAAGGCAAGCAUUUGGUUUCAUUUUUGAAGAGUGGUCAUAAUUUAUUAGUUCUUUGUCCUCCAUUACUGGUUUCACGAGGAAUAAUUUGUUUUCUUUCAUUGUAUAAAACAACAGGGAAAUCACUGAACAUUUGAAGUAGGAAAAAAGUAUGCAAAUCAGUACUGGACAGUGCUUUAUGGAAAGUCACUUUGGUGUAGAGUACAUUAUAUUGGAAUAAAUUUUAUAUUUGUCUCUGUAAAUCUCAAAUACUGGAUUUUUCAACUAUAAUUUUAAGAGUACCACAUCCUGAAAAUUUCCAUCAAAUACUAUAAAGUUUCACAAACUAACAACGCCAACCGUUGUUCAUCCUGUAAAUGUUUCUGAGGAGUUCAAAGAGGAAAUUUGUGAAUUUUUCUCUCCUUUGCUAAAAGAGAAAAAUCUUUAACAUGCAAGUGUAUGAAUCCUUAACAUCAUCGAACAAAGUUUCACAGUACUUUAUAUAAUAAAAGUAUUUUUAAAACCAUAAUUUAGGGCAUGGGGUUUCAGGAAUUUGGAUGAGAAAUUCACCUCCGUGACGAGAGUCUGGGUAAAUGCACCAGACGGAAAUGCUUUGUCGAGCGGCCUGGAUUGCCCGACCUUCUGCCUUCUCAGUAGACUUACUGGUGGCGUUCGAAAGCACAUUUUAGAAACUUUAUGACCUUCGAUUGUCCUACAGGACUUUCAUUACAACACUACCUCAAGACAAGUAAUAGACUGCUUGUUAAAGUUGACUGGAUUUCUAGUGUAAGAAAAAUGACUAAUGAGUGCUGUCCGUGCCGACACGUGCACGGUAGUCACCUCAUACUUCAGCGGUUAGGGCCACGCUGGCCACAGGCGGUGUCAGUCACCUCAGCUCCGCUGGAAUGUGGGUAUUUCAGCCACCAGUGGUGAAUGACGUCAUUGGCACCCAGUGAGUUACUUGGAGGGACUUCAAGUUGCAAAAUUUGAAAUUAGUUCUUUUAAAGAUUAUUUCUUUUUUAAAAACAUGGGCCAAUUUUGUGUCUGUUCACAACCUUCAGCCACAAACAUUGCCUACUCUGAAGAGUUAAAGGAUUACACGACGUAGCUGCUAUGCCAGAAUGGCGCGGUGAACCUUCACGGAUUUUGGCAUUUGAUACCUGCUAAAUUUUUGCCAGAUUAUACAUAGAUUUGAUGUAUAUUAUUAUCCAGUAAAUUUUUUUUCCUGGGGGUUUCGUACACACUAUGAAAUAUAGGAUAAGAUUUUGUAGGUUAAAAGUAUUUCAAGUAGUUUUUAGACAAAUCGUAGCCAUGAGUGUGAAAAAGCAGUGUUGAACAGAUCGCAUCACGCACAGCAAGUUGGU